AUGCCUAUGCAGAAGAAAAAGUUUCAAUCCGGCGAGGGAGCUAGAUAUGUCACAAGGCGAGCAGCUUUAAAUAAACUCCAGCUAUCGUUGAAAGAUUUUCGUACACUAUGUAUAAUCAAAGGGAUUUAUCCAAGAGAACCUGCUCACCGUCGCCGAGCCCAGAGAGGAAAGAGUGGUAUUCAUAUUUUGUAUUUGAAAAAAGAUAUACUGUUUCUUCUGCAUGAACCUAUGAUAUGGAAACUACGCGAUCUUCAAGUGCACUUGAAUCGAUUACGUCGUGCCAAGGGAAUGCAUCAAAAAGAUAUGAUAAAACGAUAUGCGAAUACCAUCCCACGUGUAGCCAUUGAUCAUGUAGUGAAAGAACGAUAUCCAACGUUCAUUGAUGCAUUACGUGAUAUGGACGACGCUUUAACCCUUUGCUCUUUGUUUUCCACUUUUCCAAAGUUAAAAAGUAUUCCUCCAAACUUAAUUGCAUUAUGCCGUCGCCUUACUGUUGAGUUUAUGCAUGUAUGCAUUGCGGCACGUGCUUUACGCAAGGUAUUCAUAUCUAUUAAGGGAAUUUAUUUUCAAGUUGAAAUAAAAGGCCAAGCUAUUACUUGGGUUAUCCCUCACAAUUAUCCUCAUGAACCACAAAAAAAGCAAGAGGUUGAUUUUUAUACUAUGGCCACAUUUGCAGAUUUUUAUUCAACUGCAUUAGGUUUUGUGAACUACCGUCUUUACCACAAUUUAAACCUAUACUACCCUCCACGACUUGGUUCAUACAAUGCUGAGAGACUUGAAGAAGAAAUUUUAGAAGAAAAUGAAACAAGCGAUCGUGUAGCUGCAUUAAAUUUACCGCUACAGAAAACUGCAGAAGAUGUUGAAGAUCCGGCAGACGCAGAGUUAGAUUUAGAUACUUUUGCAGUGGAUGGUGAUGAAUCAAAAGCUGAAGAAGCACGUAAAGAAUAUGAGAAAGUAAGAAAAUUAAAGAAACUGUUUGAAGGACUUAAAGUAUUCUUAAACAGAGAAGUUCCCAGAGAGCCUUUAGUAUUUGCACUCAGAUGUUUUGGAGCUCAAGUGUCUUGGGAUGAAACAACAUUCCCCGAAGGUGCUACAUUUCCAGAAACUGAUGAAACUAUUACUCAUCAAAUAGUGGACAGGCCUGAACUUGAAAAACAGUAUAUUUCAAGAUACUAUAUUCAGCCUCAGUGGGUGUUUGAUUGUAUAAACGCACGUGAACUUUUUCCAGUUGAGAAAUAUUUUAUUGGCACACCAUUACCUCCUCAUUUGUCACCAUUUACCGUUGAAUAUCGUACACAACGUUAUGUGCCACCUGAAGAAAAAGCCUUAACUGACCCGUCCGUAAUAGUUAAUAAAGAUCAAGAAUUGUUGGACGAAAUUUCCGAUAAUGAUAUUGAAGACAUUGAAGAUGAUAAAAAAGAAUCUGAGGACGAAACCAUGGAUGCUGAUGAUGAGGAUCUAGAUGAUUUUGAUGGUGAAAUGACUGAAGAACAAUUAGCUGAAAUUAAACGUAAAAAAAUGAAGGUUGAGUUAGGUAUGCCAGAAGUGAUUAAUAAAGGAAAACUUAGACGUGAACAUAAUCAAAUGAGACUCCUUAAAGAAAAAAUGAUUCAAAAGAAAUAUAGGAACUUAUAUAAAAGUAUGAAGUCUGGUAAAAUGAAGAGAGAGAAAGAAAUUAAAUUACUGAAAUACAAACGACGUAUUCAUGAAAGAACAAGUGUUGAAAAUAAACGUGCAGAGAUUAGAGCAAGAAGAGCACAAGCUGCUACAUUGAUGUAA